GCAGGUUGUUGCAGUGGCCACGGCUGCUGCUUGCGGGUUGGCGGGCAACUCUGUCUUCUUCUCCACGGUGCCUCUCAGGAAGCAGCAGCAGCAGGUGGUGGUGGGUAAAAGCUCUAGCGACGCCCCGGUUCCCCUACCUCCAUUUAUGGCUCCUCCGCCGGGGCUGCUGCUUCUGUCUUCGCCGGCCAACGCAACCUCCUACCCUGCCAUGGCGCCUGGCUGGCUGAAGAAGCCCAACUGCGUCUAUUGGGACGACAGCUGGGACAG